AAUAUUGGGGCUUGUUUUGGAUCCACGCCGCCGAGAAUUUGCCUCGAUACGGCCAUACUAGCAUGAACCGUCUCGGCAUAUAGAUCUAUAAUAGGACCGUGUUAUUGUAUUCAAGUAUGCACUGGGGUAUGGAGCGUGCAGAAUUCGAUGCGGGUGCUCAAUUAAAUCUCGGGCAUAAGAAAUACGGCGUAUAUAAUGCAUCUCACCACCACGUUGGCUGAACUUCGGUCGUGUCCACUCAGUUCCUCCGGCAGGCUCUAUGAAAAGUCUAUCGGACUCGGAACAGAGAGAGGGGGAAAUUAACUUAUAGAACGUUUUGCCUGAGGGAUUAUUUCUUGGUUCCAUUCCCUCUCUUAUUCGGGCUUCCCUAAAACUCAACUGCAGACUCAAUUUUGUGGCUGGAUUGACAACAUUUGCCAUCAUGAGACCAGCAUUAUUUCUCGGCCUGGCGUCAUCUGUUGCCAGCGCUGCCAAUAUAUCUUCGUGGUCGACCUUGAAUGCCUCUGUUCAUGGUCAUCUGCAUGAGAACAAGCCAUUGUCGCUGCCUUGUUUCUCCAGCUACAAUGGCCGUCCGUUCGCGAGCGAUGCCGAGAAAUGUGCGAUCGUCCAGGACAACUACACCUCGCCGGAGUUACGGGGAGCUGUUCCGAAUGGAUACAUGAACAACCAGGAUGAAAUGUGCGCAUCCAAUCCGCGGGACCAGUGCCUGCUGGAUAACAACGAUCCCUCCAAUCUUUCUCUGAUCCGGAAUCACACCUGUGCCCAGGGCAAUGUGCCCGACUAUUAUAUCGACGUGCAUGAUGCACACGAUGUUGUUCAGGCCCUCCAUUUCAGCAACGCCACCGGCGUCCCACUCGUGAUCAAAAACACCGGCCACGACUACCUCGGCCGUAGCAGCGGAAAGGGUUCUCUCGCCCUGUGGAUGCGAAACCUGAAGAAGCUGCAGUACAAUGCCAACUUUGUUCCUACCGGCUGUCCCGCCAACGCCUCGUCCUCUAUCAACAACACCGUCACCACUGGCGCCGGUACUAUCUUCGAUGAGGUCUAUCGCUUCUCCGACCGUCAUGGCAUGACCUUCAUCGGUGGUUAUUCUUCCUCCGUUGGCGUCUCGGGUGGCUGGCUUCAGGCUGGUGGUCACUCCGUCCUCUCCCCCGUGUAUGGUCUUGGUAUCGACCGCGUUGUCGAGUUCAAACUCGUUACUCCCGAUGGCAAGCUGCGCAUCGCCAAUGCCUGCCAGAACCCCGACCUCUUCUGGGCCCUCCGCGGCGGCGGCGGUGGUACCUUCGGCGUCGUCCUCGAAAGCACCCACCGCGUCGAGCCGAACAUGCCUCUCACCGCGGCAUCGAUCAAGUUCCCCAAGAUCGACAACAAUGUCUUGCCCUUCAUGGAUAUCGUCGUGAACAACUCUGUGCGCUGGGCACACGAGGGUUGGGGCGGUCACAUCAAGGCCAACUCGCUCAUCAACGUUUCGCCUCUCGUCUCCGUCCAGCAGGCCAGCCAGUCGCUCGCCCAGGUCGCUAAUUACGCCCGCUCGCAAAACGGCACCGUCCUGAUCAAGCGCUAUCCCUCCUGGCAGGCUUUCUAUGACGCCUUCGUCGCGGCCAAUGCCGUCACUGUUGGAAACGUUCACUUAGCAGCUACUCGUCUCAUUCCGCAGUCGGUUUUUGCCUCCGCCGACGGCCGCCGCGAUCUGAUGGACUUCUUGGAUUACCUCGUCUCCUCUGGCGGUGACCCGUACAUCCCCGUUGUGCCUCCCGUGCUGUACAACGAAACAAGCCCCAAGGACACCUCUGCCACUCCCGCCUGGCGCAAGUCCAUCUGGUCCCUCGGCGCCGGCACCGCUUUCGCCUGGAACAGCACCCUCUCCGAACGCCAGAGCAAGAUCGCCCACGCAAACAAGGUGACCGCGAUGCUGGAGGAUAUCACCCCCGGGAGCGGUGCGUACACCAACGAGGCCAACCCCUUCACCGAGGACUGGCAGGAGGCCUGGUGGGGUAAGGAGAAUUACCAGAAGCUUCUAGCCAUCAAGCACAAGUACGACCCGUAUGAAUUGAUGAACUGCUAUAAGUGCAUUGGGUGGAAGGAGACUGAGGCCCAGGGUGGUUGCUUCUCUGCUCUUCCCUAAAGCGUUCUAUGUACAUAAUAAUACCUAUAUACCAAGUUAAUUUGCUACCUUGUUUGUAGCGUUGGUCAUAGAUCUUAUUCUUCUUCUCUUUGGGUAUAUAUAUUG